AUGGACGCCGAGGUUCAUGACGUCGUUACUGUGAGGAGUGGAUCGAAGCCCAGAAGGCCACACAAGAAAGCAAAGACAGGCUGUCUUGACUGCAGAAGACGGCGCGUCAAGUGCACUGAGGAGCGGCCAGAAUGCCGUGCUUGUCGUCGUCGCGGAGUUGAAUGUGAAUACCCUUCACUUCAAGGCAUAGUAUUCCCAUCACCAUCUACACAGCAUGGCGACGAAACGUCUCCAGAGUCGACUUCGUCACAGCCACCGAGGCAGACUCAAAUGCAGAGGAUCGCACCAGUUCCAGGUCUGGUCUCAAAUGCUUAUCAGUCAGUUCUUGGGGUACAGCAACACGACAGACCAACCAUCACUUACGGAACGGAGGACAUGGCUCUGCUUCACCAUUGGACAGUCUCUACCAGUCUUGAUGUUUACAAGAACUCGGCUUUAUCGGUUAUCUCCCAGGUCAUAUUCCCCAAGAUCGCAUUUGAGUGUCCGUUCGUGAUGCAAGCUCUGCUAGGCGUGACUGCACUCCACAUCGCGUAUCUUGAGCCCCAACAGAGGCUGAGAUAUACGGCAGAAGCAGCGCGUUACCACAGCAAGGGUCUACAGGGUUUCAACGAAGCCAUUUCGCAGUCGAAGGAGGAGAUUGCCGACGGUCUAUUCGUCUGGUCGUCGCUCAACCUUCUGUACGUUUUUGCGGCUUCAGGUCGACUGGGAGAGGAGUUCUGGGACGAGUCUACCGGGGGCGGUCGUAAAGAUCGUAUCUUGGGGGCGGGAUGGAUUCCCAUGCUUCGGGGUAUCCAGGUAGUACUAAUGCCUUAUUUCGAAGUCCUGGCGGCGGGUCAAUUGAGGGAGGUCCUGAAUAUUGGCAAUUGGGACGAUAUCGACCCUGAUUUGAUAGAGGAUCCCGACGACAAGCGCUUCCGUCGCUUGAGGGAAAUCUGGGAGCAUAAUCCAGAUGCAUCAACUUAUGAAGACAUUCUGUACGUUCUUAGGAGGAUCAGGAUGUUCAUGGCACAGUUUUCAACCAUGGAUGCCGAACCCGCUGGAAGUCCGGUUACCAACAGGGCCUGGCAGGGGGCUUUCUUGUUCGUGCCUUUUGCAUCAGAGCGGUACUUUUCUCUGUUGCAUCAGAGACAACCUCCGGCACUCAUUUUAUAUGCUUUUUACGGUGCCUUGCUGCACUCCCUCAAUGAUUCUUGGUUUAUGGAGGGUUGGGGAUACGACAUUGUAGGGGUAGUGCAUGACUUGCUUGGCUCUUAUUGGGAACAUUGGAUAUCAUGGCCACUUGCAGUAGUUGGUCUAAAAGCAGGAGAUAUGGAGAAUUGA